UAUACAGUUUGUAAACAAAGCCAAAACAAAGAUGGAUUCAUCAAAAGGUUUAAUCUAAAAAUAUAGUCAGUUCGAAUAACCAAAUAGCACAAAUUGUAAUCGGUGUCAUUUACAGUUCGCUGACUUAGGUAUUGGUAUAAUUAGAUACAGCAUUUACAUGUUGUUUCGAGCGAUAUUGACUUUUAUUUCCAAGUUACACAGCGAUUAGAAUUGUUUUUCUGCAUCGACGUCGGAGGGCUGCUGUUCAUUCCUAUUCGCUAGCUACCCAGCAGGCUAGCUAAAAAUACAACUUAUUUAGCAAGACACGUACAAAUAUUUGUUUUUGUUGCUUAUCUUGCUGUGCUGUUAGCUAGCUGUCCUGUUCGUAGUGGGGGUUGUGUGUGCUGGUCCAGUUCAAUGGGGAACUGUUUGUCUUCGCAAGGCGCCGACGAUUUGUCUCUCCUCAACGAGUCCCAGGAAGCCAGUGUUCCAGGGGAGCCUCCACCGCCUUACCAGGAGCGUGUCCAGGCGCCAGUGUACCACCCCACCCCCAGUCAGACGUGCCUGGCCAGCCAGCUGACAGAGGAGGAGCAGGUCCGUAUCGCCCAGCGGAUUGGCCUCAUCCACCACCUCCCCAGAGGCAUCUUUGACCCCGGCUCUGAGCCCUCUGACAAGAAAGUCAAAGAGUGUGCGAUCUGCAUGAAUGACUUUGAGUACGGCGACCCCAUCCGGUUCCUUCCCUGCCUGCACAUCUACCACGUGGACUGCAUCGACACCUGGCUGAUGAGGUCCUUCACCUGUCCUUCCUGUAUGGAGCCUGUGGAUGCCGCACUGCUCUCCUCCUAUGAGACCAACUGAACUGGUCUCAUAGGAGACCAGUUCACUCAUCUGAGCAGUCUCUGGCUGGGUCCUGUUCAUUAGGCCAAACAGAAGAAAACUGAUUAAAACAGGGAGGGACUUGACCUGGACUUGUCUAAUAAGUAAUGCUUGUUAAAAACAAUUCAGUUGCAAAACUAUUCACUAUUUAAUGUACUACUUUUCACCAGAGCCUUAUAGACCCUGAUCCAAAGUAGUGCAUUAAAUAGGGAAUAGGGUGCACACAAUCCUAGAAACUUCCCCUCUGUUAGAGGUGCCAAAUGCCCUUAUGACACAUCACUUCUUUAACCCGGAUGUUCUGUUCUAGUCACACAGCCCUGGGAGGAGAGAUGGAUUGUCAAAAUAUAUAUAU